CAAGUUGCAACAUCCAGCCUCGAUGCGCCAGACGCUUUAGACAAAGCGGGGCACUGGGCUCUCUGUCUCAAUACAGGCUGCUUCGAGAGCUACAACUGCGGCCAAUUGUGCAUUUCAAUCUGUUCCAAACUACUCGCUGAACGUGCGCCGCUCCUCCCACCCCGCCGAACCUGGAAGCUUACGUGCCAAGACAACCGAAUCUCGAGCUCAAAGUCCCAAGGGUCCUCCCCUAGGUGUGAUAGGCGCAUUCGACCGGUUUCUCGAGAGCGAUGCGUCUCAUUCUCAACGCCCGAUGAGUUUGAGUCAAGACCGGGAGGACAAUGGCCCCCCGGGCGUAAUGGCCGAAGAACUGGAAGUGGCUCGCGCCGACGGCCAGAGCUCGAGCUCGAGCGACGAAGACACACUGAAGAGCAAUCAGGAUGAGGACCACGUUGCCGACAUUCUCGAGGAUGAUAAGCCGUCCAUCGACUCCCCUUUGCCUUCCACCGGCCCCAGCUCCAUCGCCCAUCGCUACCGUGAAUUGCUGGAGGCCCAGCAUGAGGGAACGUCGGAAGAUGGGGCCGCCGACGCCAUUUCCCGAUCGGCUGCAAGCCCUCGGGACUCCAUGCUGUCCGUUCCAGAUGAUCUGCCUUCAGUUCAUGGCUCCGUAGUAUCCUCGCCCGGAAGCAGCAGACCGCCUUCGCUGGCCCUCCGCCCUGGCCUAAGUCCGACACCGUCUUUCCGGCCCUUCGAUCAAAGAUUUCAGUCCCGUAUCUCCUCGCCGUACCUCUCAUCCCCCAGACCAUCUUCCCCGGCGUUCCUGUCGGCUCACAGUCGGAAUGUCUCACUCAGCAGUCAGUUGCUGCUAGAUCCAGGGGACACUGAAACCCCGUCCCCGCCAUGGGAAGUUGUGCGGUGGACAAAGCUCAGGAAGCUCAAUGGCCAGGUGUUCUCCGAGGCGGGCAGGAGGAACUUCGGUUCUCCCACAUGUCUUGCAGUCUCCGCCACGAUUGUGUUGGGCACCUCCAAAGGCAUCAUCUUGGUGUUCGACUACAACCAGAACAUUAAGAUGAUUAUUGGCCCAGGGACAAAAGCUGUCGAGUCCGGUCCCAUUACCGCGAUUGCAAUCUCUGCGGACCAUACCACCAUCGCAGGUGGGCACGCAAAUGGCAACAUCUUCACCUGGGACACUGCACGAGCCGCAAGACCAUUUCUCAGCAUUCCACAUCUGGACCCGGCGUACCUACUCAACAAGACCGCCGACGGCCACGUGCCAAACGUCAAGAUCACGCACCUGGGCUUCCUAGGCACCCGGCAUACGGCUCUUGUUUCGGCUGACGACCGAGGGAUGGCCUUCUCGCACCUGGCCACCAGGGGCACAGGCGCUCUGGGUAGAACUGUGAAGACGAGUAGGAUACUGGGCCGGUACCCGGACUCAAAACCGCCACCCGGAAAGACGCUGAAGCCCAGCACCGUCCUGGCGUUCGCCGCUCUGCCUCUCGGCAACGUUGAGAUGGCCACGGAUACAAUGGGGCUUACCGCGAUGCUCACGCCCUACUUGCUCGUCAUUGUUUCGACUACCCCUAUCGCCCAGACCCAACACAAAUCUGCUCGGCCAAAGGAAGUUGCCGCCCACAGCGCCAUGACCGGGUGUUUGGCCUGGUUUCCCGGCGUCAAGCUAAAAGUGGCUGACCCCGUCACUGGAAGCCGAAUCUCCAAAGUCAAGUUGGUUUACUGCUGGUCAAACGUCCUCACAGUCCUGGAUGUGGAGGAAGUCGCUUCAGAAGACAAAGACAAACCGCCUGGUUUCAAGUUUAGGGCACGGAGCCGGUGGAAGUGCGAGGAGCCCAUCGUCGCCGUGCAGUGGCUGAGUCGAUCUGUACUGACCGUCUUGACCAUCUCGCAACGACUGAUUGUGCUUGAGGAUUGGAGCAUGCGCAUGACUGAGGCUUAUGACCUCAUCCACAAACACAUUUACCACGUUGAUCUGUUCUCGAAGCAACUCGGCGCUUUAGUAGAGCAGCUUGACGAGGAGGACCCUUCCAUGCAUGGAGUGGUCGCCGAUGCGUUCUACAUGAGUUUCAAAACUUACAAAGGGCGUCUCUUCCUUCUAGGAUUCAACGACAUAUCAAUAGGGGCCUUGUCCAAUUGGGCUGACCGGCUCAUCGCGUUGAUGGAGAACGGCGACUAUGUCGGCGCCAUCAAACUCGCCACAUCGUACUACACUGGAGACGCCAAUAAGCUCACGGUGGGGCUUCCGGAAGAUAGCCAGUUGAGGCAUUCCAUGGUUCAAGAUAAGCUCAUGGAGAUUAUAAGCGCAUCUCUCAAAUACGUGUUUGGCCAGAGGCAUAAGAACAAGGAUUCAGUCGAUGACAGUCAUCUGAGGGAACUAGCAGAGACAUGCUUCGUGGCCUGUCGGAGUGUUGAGGAUGACGACUUUCUCUUCGACGAGGUGUACGAGUGGUAUGAAGAUGCCGGCUUCGAAGGCAUUUUCCUUGAGACGCUGGAGCCUUACAUCCUUGACGGAUCCAUCAAGGCAGUUCCGCCCGUUGUGGUGAAAGCGAUGGUCGGUCAUUUUGUCAGCAAGGGCUGGGAGAGCCGGCUCGAGGAGAUGAUCUGCCACAUGGACACUACCACACUCGACUUGGACCAGGUCACGCUACUUUGCAAGCAGCAUCGCCUGUACGAUGCCUUGCUCUACGUCUGGAACCAAGGGUUGAACGAUUUCAUCACACCCCUUGUUGACUUGCUCUCCCUGCUAGUGCCGCUCAUGCAAAACGGCCAGUAUUCCGGCAGUUCGAUGGAAGCAGAGAUCUACGGGGUGAACGCGCUCAAAAUCUUCCCCUACCUCUCAUAUGUGCUCACCGGACGAGUCUAUCCAACAGGCGAACCACUUGCCGAGGAUGUGGCGCAAAAGGCAAAGGCCGAGCUCUACUGGCUGCUGUUCUCGGGGAAAAGCAUCACCUGGCCGAAAGGCAGCACCAGGCGGCUGCUCACUAGGCCUAACCAGUCGCAAGAACCGUCAUUUCCCUACCUCCGAUUAAUUCUGAACUUCGACGCCGCCAGCUUCUUGAGCGUUAUCAAUGAAGCCUUUGAGGAUUCUUUUCUCAACGACUCCCCAGAGAAGUCGAACGGUAGCUCUGGGCGGGACCUACCAGAGGAGCAAAUAUUUGGCUUGACAGUAGAUCGGCAGUACAUUGUCUCAAUUCUCACAGAGAUCAUGAACCCGGCCGAUUUCUCCCCCAGCGAGACCAUCUAUCUGGACAUGUUCAUUGCCAGGAAUUUGCCAAAAUACCAGCAAUACCUUCUGUUCCCAGGCUCAACGCUAACCAAAGUUCUGGUCGGGCUUUGCAAAUACCCAAGCGGUGAUCUGGCCGAGGAUGCACAGCUCAGCGCAGAGUACCUGUUGUCGGUCUACCAGCCCCCGGACCUCACAGAUCUCAUACCGCUACUCAAAGAGGCUGGUUUCUACCGCAUAUUGAAGCGCAUCUACAGAGGCGACAAGCAGUACGGGAAGCUCAUUCAGACCUACUUUGAAGACCCAGACGACCAGGAAGCUGUCUUUACUUGCAUCGAUGUCUAUCUGCGACCGCAAGCAGGCCUUACUCGGCGGCAGAUCCAGGACGUUCACCAGGUUAUCAAGACGCAGUCGGCGGAAUUCGUGCAUCUCAACCCCGCUACGGCAGCCAGGACGAUUGCAAAACAUGCCCCGGAGCUGCACCAGUAUGUGCUGGACUCGGUGCGUGCAGAGCCUGAUCUACAGUACUCGUACCUGAGGACAAUACUGGAGCCUGAGAAGGACACGACUCCCGGCCGCUCGACAGAGCGAGAUCUGGUCGAACAGUACGUACGAUUGAUGUGCCAGUUCGACCCGGCGCACGUGUCGGAUUACGUCGGUUUGGUCCAGUCCUCCAACCUGAGGCUUGAACAGCUUCUUCCGACCAUGGAGGAGACGGGGGUCAUCGAUGCGGCAGUCAUCCUUAUGGCAAAAGAAGGCCAGAUUCAGGACGCCAUGGGGCGGCUGCUGAAACAUCUCGAAACGCUAGAGUCUGCACUGCAGGGCCUUCUCGCAGGGUCUCAGCCUAACGCGCAGGAUGCGCAGGAGUCUGCGGAAGAAUUGGUUCAUGCCUUGCGCAAGUUCGUCUUGGUCGGCAUCUGGCUCUGUCAGGGACAAACCAAAACCAUACGCGCCGCAGCUGGUAGGCGAGGACAGAAAUUACCAGCCGGCGACACCCUCUCGGCCGAUGAGAAUCUCUGGCUCGGCCUAAUCGACGCCUCAGUCCAAAUUACCAGACGACUAUCCUCGUCUCUUCAAGACCUACCAGAAACCGUUCUUCCCUUCACCAAUGGCGCCACCCACCACCACCCACCUCGACUCGACACAGACAAACUUCUCACUCUCCUCCGAUCCCUCGUCCAAACGACCUUCACCGCCCUCCUGACCUCCACCUCGGCCUCCUCAUCCCUCCCACUACCCAGCAGCACCCCCAACAAUACCCCAUCAACCGGACCGGUAACAACGCUAGGCGUCGGAACAAACCUCUCCUUCCUCCGCAUCCUCCGCGCCUUCCUCACCCGUGCAGCGGCCUCGUCCCCGAACCUGGCCGACCUGCGCGCGGUACUGGCGUCGGUUUUUUCCGCGUACGCCUACGAGGAGUCGAUCCUGCGCCUGUCGAACCGGCUGCUCGAGCGCAGCCUGUUUGUGAGCGUCGAGAAGGCGGUCGAGCUGAGGCAGCGCGGGUGGCGGUCGAGGAGUUCGACUUGCGAGGGGUGUGGGCGGAGGGUCUGGGGGCCUGGGGUGCAGGGCGGUAAGGUGUAUGAGGCGUGGGAGGAGAGGGAGGAGGAGAGAAGGCGGUUGAGUACGAAUAGAAAGGGAAGAGGGGUUGGGGUUGGGUUGGGCGGUAGUGGUGGUCGUGAUGGUGAGGGGAGAGGAGGUGACAGGGUGGAUGACGACGGGGAGGAGUAUACUGGAAAGGGGAAAGGGAAGGGGAAGGGUUUGAGUCUGGGUGUGAGGGAGGAUAAUCAAAGCGAAGGGGAUGGGGAGGGAAAACAAGACCCCAGGGAGGAGCUGGGCGGAGAGGAGGUGAGUCCCGCACAGACGGACCACCAACAACCGGCGCUGGGACCGCUGGUUCUGCUGGCGUGCAGGCAUAUUUAUCACCAGAGCUGUCUGGGGGCGCUGCUGACGAAAGAUGGAUCUGGCAAAGAGAGCGGGUUUAGGUGUCCUAUUGAUGGGUAGGGAUAGAUGGCUUUGUCUGUGUAGCUUGGGCAUAUGGCAAUGUGUACUACCGCCGUAAACCUGCGCCUAUAGCAGCCUUUCGGGUUUCCGAACUGAGCGAGU